AGUCUCGACCCUCGUGCUCGUCUCUCUCAUACAUUUCCUCACUCGUCUCUCUCACCUUUUGCCCUCUAUAUCUGUGUCGUGUCCUCUCUCUUUCUCUCUCUAUCUAUCUCUCUCUCAAACCCUAGAGGAAGGAGUUAAAAGACGAGAGACCUUCCACUAUUUCCAAAGUCGUGAAAUCACCAGAGAUUUAGAUAUACCUCUCUCUCUCAUCCAAAAGACUUCACGAGUCCCCAAAGAGAAAAAAAAAACCCUAUUUCCAAAGAUGAAGAACAAUAACAACAAAUCUUCUUCUUCUUCUAGCUAUGAUUCUUCUUUGUCUCCUUCUUCUUCAUCUUCCUCUCACCAGAACUGGCUCUCUUUCUCUCUCUCCAAUAACAACUUCAAUUCUUCCUCAAACCCUAAUCUCACUUCCUCUACAUCAGAUCAUCAUCAUCCUCACCCUUCUCAUCUCUCUCUCUUUCAAGCUUUCUCCACUUCUCCAGUCGAACGGCAAGAUGGGUCACCGGGAGUUUCAACCGGCGAUGCCACGGCGGUUCUUUCCAUUUACCCCGGCGGUCCUAAACUUGAGAACUUCCUCGGCGGAGGAGCCACAACGACGACAACAAGAUCAAUGCAACAAGUGCAAUCUCUCGGAGGUGUUGUCUUCUCUUCCGACCUACAGCCACCGCUUCAUCCUCCCUCCGCGGCCGAGAUCUACGACUCGGAGCUCAAAUCAAUAGCCGCUAGCUUCCUCGGAAACUACUCCGGUGGACACUCGUCAGAAGUCUCUAGCGUUCAUAAGCAACAACAGAACCCUCUAGCUGUCUCAGAGGCUUCGCCCACUCCAAAGAAGAACGUAGAGAGUUUUGGACAACGUACUUCGAUUUAUAGAGGAGUCACAAGACAUCGAUGGACUGGAAGAUACGAAGCUCAUCUAUGGGAUAAUAGUUGCCGAAGAGAAGGCCAAAGUAGAAAAGGAAGACAAGUUUAUUUAGGUGGUUAUGAUAAAGAAGAGAAAGCAGCUAGAGCUUACGACCUUGCAGCUCUUAAGUAUUGGGGUCCUACAACUACGACUAAUUUCCCGAUAUCAAAUUACGAGUCUGAACUUGAAGAGAUGAAACACAUGACUCGACAAGAGUUCGUUGCUUCUCUAAGACGCAGUGGAUUCUCUAGGGGUGCCUCCAUGUACAGAGGUGUCACUAGACAUCAUCAGCAUGGUCGAUGGCAGGCACGAAUUGGAAGAGUUGCCGGCAACAAAGACCUUUAUCUUGGCACAUUUAGCACUCAAGAGGAGGCUGCAGAAGCUUACGAUAUAGCAGCGAUCAAAUUCCGCGGUCUAAAUGCAGUCACCAAUUUCGACAUCAGUCGAUAUGACGUCAAAUCUAUAGCUAGCUGUAAUCUCCCUGUGGGUGGACUAAUGCCUAAACCGUCUCCAGCAACCGCAGCAGCUGAGAAAACCGUUGAUUUAUCUCCAUCCGACACUCCAUCACCGACGACACCGUCUCUGACCUUCAAUGUGGCAACAACGGUCCAUGACCAUGGAGGAACUUUUUACCACACUGGAAUACCAAUCAAACCAGACCCGGCUGAUCAUUAUUGGUCCAGCAUCUUUGGAUUCCAGGCAAACCCGAAAGCCGAGAUGCGACCAAUAGCAACCUUUGGGUCGGAUCUUCAUAACCCCUCCCCAGGUUAUGCUAUAAUGCCGGUAAUGCAAGAAGGCGAAAACAACUUUGGUGGUAGUUUUGUUGGGUCUGAAGUGUAUAACAAUCAUUCCGCUCAUUCGAGCCCGGUCUCAGCAAUUCCGCUGUCAUCGACAACGAAUGGUAACGAAGGGUAUGGUGGAAACAUUAACUGGAUUAAUAACAACAUUUCAGAUUCUUACCAAACUGCAAAGUCUAAUCUCUCUGUUUUGCAGACACCAGUUUUUGGGUUAGAAUGAGUUCUCUCAUAGACCAAAAAAAAGGAUGUAAGAAAGAAAGAUAAAAAAGGCUCUGUUUGAAGAAAUCAGAUAUUUUCUUCUUAGAUUAUUUAAGUAGUUUAAAAUAUAAAGUUUUUCACUUUUAUGUUUGUCUGCUGACCGCGAAUUUAGCUGGAUCUGACAGUACUAACUCUUUGUUUAAUGACCUUAUGGGGUUCUCUUUCCACUUUCCAGAACUUUUUUAUUUACUUUUUUAUUUAUUUUUUUCAUUUUUUAUGUUGUGUGGACAAUAUGUGAAUAAAUGAAAGGUGGAAAUCAAACCAUAUUCGGUAACUUAAA